CAAAAUCUGUUUGCUCCUCCGAUUUGGGUGCAUCGCCGGAGCUCGACGUUGAGCUUAACAAAGAGGUAUCGUGUCGUAUGUUACGCAAUCAGUGAAGUUCGAAUCUCAAAACCAUGGAUUCUCCGAUCAAUUCACAGAAAACUGUUUCAGACGACGAUGAGAUUGAUUACUCCAUCAAACCAGAAUUCUAUGAUUCAGAUCUUGAUGAUAAAGAUGAGCUAUGGAUGGCUAAGAAGAGAGAUGGUCGUACUUCUGAUGCUGUACUUAGCUGUCCAGCUUGUUUCACCACUGUCUGCUUAGAGUGUCAGAGGCAUGAGCAGCAUGUGACACAGUAUAGGGCUGUAUUUGUGGUCAAUUGCAGAGUAGAUAAAGACACAAUUUUGCAACACAAAGCAAUCCCCGCGAAGGUUGGUAAAAGAAGGAGAGAUUACGAGAUGCAAGAAACUGGUUCUGAAGAGAGCGAAAAAGUUACCCAAGUCUUCUGCUCAGCUUGUUCGACAGAGAUCGGAGUGGUCGACAGUGAAGAGAUCUACCAUUUCUUUAAUGUCAUUCCAAGCGAGCCUUAAAAGUUAAAACAAACAACCUGGUGUUAUGAGUAAUGAGUUUGUAACGUUUUCCGAAAUUGGUGGCUAGGAUUUGUUAGGUUUCGAUAGUUUGCGUCUGUCUUAACAUUUGGUGUAUAAUGUUAGAUAAUUUUUGAAAAAUGAAGUCGUUUGAGAAAUAUGA